AUGCGUCCGUUUCAUUUUGUUCUCUUCGUGGCAAUUCUUCCACUCCUUAGCGGUUACCUUGUCUCGCCGAAGAAAUGCUACGAGGCUGGAACUCUUUCGGGAAUCAAUUCCCUAGGAAAAUGCCGUUGUCGCUCAUUAUACACCGGCGAUGAUUGCUCUCAACUUCAAGCAUGUGUGAUGGGAACGAUGGUUCGCGCUCGGUGCUCGAGCCCAAAUAUUAAGAGCAAGUUUAUUAUUGAAAGAUGUCGUCACAUCAAUGAGAAAAUUAUUCAUGCUUGUCGCUGCUAUGCAGGUUAUGACGGAGAUCUUUGCGAUCAAAAGACCGACCAAUCCGAGUUCGAUAUUCCUCGCGAGAUGACUCCUCUUGAUAUGCUUGUGUAUUCUACCAAUAUUCUAUUGCUUGUUGCCGCGUUGUUCCUUAUCGGAACAAUUUCAUAUUGCACUAUCCUCUGCUUGUUGGCAUGUGUGAAAAAAGACAGGAAGCACAAUAUCAAAAUAAUUAGGCCGAUAAUACGCCCGCUCGUCUUGGGGAAAUACGAGAAAUUUAGAAAUGAUUCGUGUUCGGAUGACGAGUACAAGCCGCCAAUCAUCGAUGAGGAACUUGAAAGGCUUUUGAGAUUGAUUGAGAGCGGCGAAUAUGUUGACGAAGUUGAAGAACAGGCGGAUCGAGGAGAAAUUGAACAAACCAAGAAACCCGAAUUCCAUGAGCCUUGUCUUCACGUUUGA